UCUGUUUUAUUAGAGGGUAAGCCAAUUCCAACAGAGCUAAGGAAGGAUGAAGCAGAACUUAGAAAGGCUAUAGAAUUUGAUGAUGAGAAACAUGAGCGUAAGUAUAAUAAGCAGAAAAUUUAAUAGGUUCUUUACUCAGUCUUUUGUGAGGAGAGAGGGGGUAAGCACAUACCUUUCUUCUUGUGUGUUAGGGGAGUUUUCUCAGUGCAAGCUUUAUCAAGCUAAUUAACUAAAUCAAGGUUUUAUCCUCGAGGAUUUCUGGAUGUCCUGUGAUUGUCCAGUUAUUGGAGAAAAAGCAAUUUUCUUUAACUUCUCAGUUAAUUUUGUCUCUUCAGUAUGCCCCCUCAUAACCUCCUGGCUGAAAACCCAAACUUACAGUAACAGUCACAGCCACAGUGCUGUCAGGCUGCCCAGGCUACUGUGAUGGCAAACCUUCAAUUCAAUUCAAUUCAAUUCUUUACUUCACACUAUAUAAGAUAUUUACAUAAGUGUACGUAGGUAGGAAAAUAACGUAGCUGACAAAUAAUAAUUAGCUAAACUGAAACAGCCUCCUUUUACCUUCUUUAGAGGUAGGAAACCAUCAAGAUGAUGAGUAUGCCUGGGCUGGAGUUCAAGACCCCAAAAUUAUGAUAACAACUUCUCAUAACCCGAGCUCAAGACUGAAACAGUUUGCCAAGGUAAACAAGUAUUAGUAAUACACAUGUUAAAUAUGUUUGAAAUUUUCUGACACUGUGUUCUCAUGAUUUUUUGCUUUUUUCCUAAGGAAUUACGGUUGAUAUUUCCCAACAGUCAGCGCUUAAACCGUGGUAACUAUGUGUUGAGUCAGUUGGUGCAAGCCUGCAGAGCCAAUGAAGUUACAGACUUGAUACUUGUUCAUGAACACAGAGGGGAACCUGGUAGGUUGACUAUCUGUAACUUGAUUACUAAUCUUGUUAUUGGCCGAUCAAGAAGAGUUUGUCAACAUUUUUAUUUAUUUGGAAGGACAUAAAAGUCAUGCCUAACCAAGUAACUGUUCUAGUCAGAAAAACCAGAAAGAUUUUUGAGCUUACAGUCAUUUUGAUGGCCUAUAUAUUUGUAUGUACAAGUCAAAUUUACAGCUUUAAAAUGAUAGUCUUUGGUUUUUUAUCUGUUUGGUCAUAUACGUAAUCACAGGUAAGAUUUUGUUAGACAUUGUCCAAUGACCAACUCAUUGUAGCAUUGGUCAAAAUUAUGUAGGACAAAAAUAAAUUUUGUGUGUGCGCUUCAUAAAAAAAGUUUUAGGUAUUUUAUAUAUAGUGCCCUUUAGUGUACUGUAGUGAACAUAACUACCAGUAAAUGAUUGCAGCUAAUUGCAUCGUUUGUUGUUUCAACUCUCUUUAGAUGGUCUUGUAGUAUCUCAUCUUCCAUUUGGUCCAACGGCUUAUUUUACAUUGUCCAACACGGUAAUGAGGCAUGAUAUUCCUAACAUCGGCACUAUGUCUGAAGUAUAUCCUCACCUUAUAUUCCACAAUUUCAAUUCAAAGCUUGGAGAAAGGGUGAGAUUUUACAUGUGUAUAAGACACAUCGCUUAAUGUUGACUUAAUUCAAUUUUUUGUUUUGCAGUAGCUGUGCUUGCCUCUGUUACUAUUUUUAAAGGUUACACUGGCUUGUAUUACAUGGUGCAAUAACUUUUUUCUUUUCUAUUUUGCAAACAGGUAAAAAGCAUUCUUAAAUAUUUAUAUCCAGUUCCUAAAGAAGACAGCAGAAGGGUGAUCACAUUUGCAAACCAAGAUGACUACAUUUCAUUUAGGUGAGGCAAUUAAUUACCUCUUACAGUUGUGAUUUUCAAAAUAGAUAGGUGUACAUUGUUGUACACAUCAUGGCAGUUUGGAAAUCCAGGGCUUAUUAGUUACUGACUAAUUCUAACUUUUGAAUCUGUGGACAAAAUCAUAAAGUGUAACCGUUCAAAUGAAAUCUUUUUGGUAUUACUUUCACAUCAUGUGGUACUAUUAGAACUGUCGAAUGGUAAUAUUCCAACUUUUUAAUCCAUAAACAAAACCCUAUGGUGUUACUAUUAUUUUAAAUGAAACUGCUUUGGUAGAAAUUUUAUGUAGUGCUAUUUUAUUUCUCAGCAUUUUACAAAAUAUAAAAUUUUUAGGUGUUAUUUUUGGGGGGUGGUCAUCAGGGGUAAAAAGGUUCAUAAUUAGUGUCAUUAAAAAUAAAAAGUGGAUUUUUUUUCUUUUCAGACAUCACACAUACAAAAAGGUAGAUGGACAAGUGGAAUUAUCAGAAGUAGGACCAAGAUUUGAAAUGAAAGGUAUGUUAUAG